ACCUUUCUUUUGCUUCCCUCGACGCUGCCUCUUGAUUACUUGUCAGAGAGGGUUUUUGAUUCUCUUAUUUAUCUUUAUCAUUUUUGUUCUUAGUUUCUUCAGCUCCCAUAAACGAAGACCAUUUCAAAUCAAGCUAUUCCCCAUGGCUUCCAAUUUGCAGAAGGAAUCCGCCGCUGCUGAUGAGAAAUCAACUUUGACGACAGAGAACAAAAUCUCGAAAUCUGAAACUUCAAAAGCAGAAACUUCCACUGGGGAGUCACAACCAACGCAGGGUAGAGCUUCCCCUGCCACUAUGCCAGGACCUGGGUUUCCUGCACCGAAUCCAUUUGAUUUCUCAGCCAUGAGUGGCCUUCUUAAUGACCCAAGUAUCAAGGAAUUAGCUGAGCAGAUAGCAAAAGAUCCUUCAUUUAACCAAAUGGCAGAGCAGCUCACACAAACGUUUCAAGGUGCAGCUGUUGAAGAAAGUGUGCCGCAGUUUGAUGCUCAGCAGUACUAUUCAACUAUGCAACAGGUUAUGCAGAAUCCCCAGUUUAUGACAAUGGCUGAGCGCCUUGGUAAUGCAUUAAUGCAGGAUCCUGCUAUGUCAAGCAUGCUUGAAAGUUUGACUAAUCCACAACACAAAGACCAGAUUGAGGAAAGGAUGGCACGUAUUAAAGAAGAUCCAUCAUUGAAACAUAUUUUAGAAGAAAUAGAGACUGGUGGUCCUGCAGCAAUGAUGAGGUACUGGAAUGACAAAGAGGUUCUGCAGAAGCUGGGUGAAGCAAUGGGUCUUGCAGCUUCAGGAGAUGCAGCUACUUCAGCUGAUAACUCUGCAGCAGAUGAAGGUGAUGAAGUAGGAAAUGAGGAUGAGUCAAUUGUACAUCACUGUGCUAGUGUUGGUGAUGUUGAGGGUCUGAAAGCUGCACUAGCCUCUGGUGCCGACAAGGAUGAAGAAGAUUCAGAGGGAAGGACAGCAUUGCAUUUUGCAUGUGGAUAUGGUGAGGUGAAAUGCGCUCAAAUCCUUCUUGAAGCUGGAGCCACGGUGGAUGCUUUGGAUAAGAAUAAGAAUACCGCACUUCAUUAUGCAGCUGGUUAUGGAAGGAAAGACUGUGUGGCCCUUCUACUGGAGAAUGGUGCUGCUGUCACUCUCCAAAACAUGGAUGGCAAGACUCCUAUUGAUGUUGCCAAGCUCAACAAUCAGCACGAGGUACUGAAGUUGCUCGAGAAGGAUGCCUUCCUGUGA